AUGGCAAACGAGCUCGGCGACAUCCCAAAUCCCGGCGACAGCACCGUCACCGAAUUUGCGACCUAUGAAGAGUACCUGGACUCGCAGAUAACCCCGCUGGAUAUGUACUAUUUGGAGGAUAAAGAGCUCGCACGGCAACUGGUGGAGCUGGGUUAUCGCGGCUCUGGCGAGCCCCUCAAGCGCGAAGAGUUCGAGUCCCGCAAGAAGGCGGCCGAGAACUUUCGGCUCUCGAAGCGGCUGCAAACCAAAGUACUCUCGUCGCAGGGCAAGGAUCUGUCAAAGUUCCCGUUCCUGCAGGCGCUUGCGGAGCGUGAGGAGGCGAAUCGGAGCGGAAAGCUGACGUCCAUCAUAUUCAUUCGCACCAACAAUGCCAAGGGCCAGGAGAUAUCCGGCUACAUCGACUAUGCGCAUCGUCUCAAAACCGAAAACUUCGAGCCCUACUUCAACCGCCAGAAGAUCCUGAUGCCGCGGCCCUCGGACAUGAGCUUCUACAACUGGGAGACCCAAACCUGCACCUCCAAUGCCACACCCAACUUCCAGGUCCUUGCCGACAACGAGAACGGCCUCCUCUUCAAAAACAAGCGCGACCGAAAAAUCAUCAAUGUCGACCCAAAGGAAGCCAAACCCGGGGACAAUACGACGCGUGUGUCGAUCUCCACAAGCGAGUAUGUCCAAGUCGUUAUCUACGACCAUCUGACUCGGCGCAAAACCUGAUCUGGACGCAAUCGCCG